AUGGAUUUCAAGACUUCAAAUGAAGAGACAAAGACUGGGAUUUAUUUGAUGCAAGAAGGUAAUGAGGAGCCGUUUAAUAUUCGACUACACUUGGCCAAAGAUAUUCUGACCAUUCAAGAACAAGAUGUCAUCUGUGUGACAGGAGAGCCUUUUUAUUCAAGUGAGAGGACUGUAACGAUCAGGAGGCAGACGAUUGGAGGGUUUGGCCUGAGCAUCAAGGGUGGUGCAGAGCAUAAAAUCCCUGUUGUGAUAUCAAAAAUAUCAAAAGAGCAAAAAGCUGAACUCUCUGGGCUGCUUUUCAUUGGAGACGGCAUCCUUCAGAUAAAUGGAAUAAACGUUAGAAGCUAUCGCCACGAGGAAGUGGUCCAGGUUUUGAGAAACGCUGGUGAAGAAGUGACUCUUACUGUCUCUUUCUUAAAGAAGACUCCUGCCUUUUUGAAACUGCCCCUUUGUGAGGACUGCACAUGCAUUCCCAGCGACCAGAGUAGUGGGACGUCCUCCCCUCUGUGUGAUAGCGGCCUGCACUUGAACUACCACCCUAACAACACGGACACGCUGUCCUGUUCGUCCUGGCCCACAUCCCCAGGGCUUCGCUGGGAGAAGAGAUGGGUGGACCUGCGCCUUAUUCCGCUGCUACACUCACGCCUGUCGCAGUACAUCCCGGGCUCUGACGUCUGCAGGAAAAAUGCUUUCCAGGUUAUAGCUGUGGACGGCGUUUGCAGCGGAGUUAUACAGUUUACUGCAGCCGAAGACUGUCUGGACUGGCUUCAGGCAAUAGCGAGCAACAUUUCCAGUCUCACCAAGCACAAUGUGAAGAAGAUUAACCGGAAUUUUCCAGUAAACCAGCAGAUUAUUUACAUGGGCUGGGUCGACGAGAAGGAGCAGGACUCUGUUCAGGACCGAAUGUAUUCACCAAAGUUCCUCGCUUUGAGGGGUUCCUCACUCUUCAAGUUUUCAGCCCCCCCUGUGACAACAUGGGACUGGACCAGAGCAGAGAAAAGCUUUACUGUGUAUGAGAUAAUGUGCAAGAUUUUAAAGGAUAAUGACCUUCUGGACAAGAGGAAGCACUGCUUCAGCGUCCAGACAGAGAGCGGGGAGGACAUGUUCUUCAGCGUCGAGUUGGAGUGCGAGCUGCUGAUCUGGGAAAAGGCUUUUCAGAUGGCCACCUUCCUGGAGGUGGAGAGGAUACAGAGUAAAACAUAUGCCUGUAUCAUGGAGAGCCACCUUAUGGGACUUACUAUUGACUUCAGCAUGGGCUUUGUGUGCUUUGAUGCAGCUUCAAAGGCAGUACUGUGGAGAUACAAGUUCUCCCAACUAAAAGGAUCAUCCGAUGAUGGAAAAAGCAAGAUCAAGUUUUUAUUCCAAAAUCAAGACUCCAAAUCUAUUGAAGCAAAGGAGCUGGAGUUCUCAAACCUCUUCGCCGUGCUUCACUGCAUUCACGCUUUUUUUGCUGCCAAAGUUGCUUGCCUGGACCCAAUGUUUGUGGAGAGCCAUGGCACCGCGACUACCACAGGGAUUCCUUCUCUUUCCAGUAUCUCAUGUAAUUCACAGACACCCAAACUCAAAUACGCCACUUGACAGGUACUGCCCUCUCCAGACCCCUUUUAAAAAGACACCGCACUUAGUUGUGACUGUGGCCUAAACUGGUGGACGGGAGAAGUGGAAAAAUUUCAGACUUUGACAUUAUGGAGGACAGCUGUAUACAGUGGUGGAACAGAAAAGCUCUUAGGGAUCACCUCUGAAGAAGCAUCAGAUUUCUGGGAUUUCUGGAAUCGUUGUGGACCUAAACACAAACCUCUACUUUGAACAACUUCACAGGAACACUCUAUGAACACGAAAUGUGCGAUUCAAAAACAUUUUUAUGUGAAUUUGUCUUUCUCUUGAUCCUCAGACAUCCUUAUAAUCAACACGACACAAAGAAAAAUUGAAUUCUUUUCCCAGGGUAGUCUGCUUUUCUAUGUAAUUUUACUGAAGAUUUGGGGUUUAAGAUAAACUGAUUUUAGCCCUUUUUCCACAUCAGACAACACAUCACCUAAAGUUCUGCAAGGAUAUUUCUGGACAAUGGAUAUGAUGAUGGCGCUUUCUAUAUUUCCACUUUUGUGUUUGUUCUUGAGGUGAAAACUUUUGCCUACAUUCAUACUUCAAUUAGCAGUUAAAUUUAUUUUCUACUGAUGUGUGAUGAGUCCAGCUAAAAUCCUGCAACACAAAAACAUGAUUUUGAUUGAAUUUAAUUACAUAUUUGCUGGCAGCAUUAGUGGAGUAAAUGAAUGGUUUCAGAUGGGCAUGUGUACGAAUAUACUCAGUAACCUCAUUUCUUUUUCUCUGUAUAUGAUGUACACCCAUGUUUGAGGUCAGGUUAUAACUGUUUCCUGGAUUACUGGAUAGGAAGGCUGUGUGGAAGUGUAGCUUUGAGUGUAUGGAUAAGGAAUGUCACUUUGAUAAUCAGGUUCACCAUCCACACAACCAUAAUCUGACAAAACCUCUCUAAACAUGAUUAAAAACCACCUUCCAUGUUGUUUUUUCUCUCUCCCUAAAACUUAAUUAUGUAAAUAAACACUGACAUUCAAAUGAACUCAAAGAAUUAUGAAUUAUGGCGAGCAAUUACUUGUAGGGAUUACUGCAUUUGUUAAUUUGAUGUGCACCAGAGACGACUAGGUAGAUAGCGCAUAACCUUGUACUCUCUUCAUCAUUUACUCUAUGGACCAAUUUAGGAAAAUAAA